AAAAGAAAAUAAAAGAAGAAAGAACAAAAUGCUAAUUUUGCAGGAACUAGGCCUCGGACACAAGACCAAAUGGUGAGGAAAGCUGGGAAGGUGGUGAAACUAGCAGCUCAACCACUGCUGCCGUCCAGCUUUUGUUUUCCUGGGCCCAAGAACUAUAUUAGUCCAGAUUUUCUUGUAAAUUGGCUCUCUUCGGCAUUUACAUACACAGCCAUGACUGAUUAUCCAACUCCUUCCAAUUUCCUUAAUCCAUUGCCAGCGUAUCCAGUAAAAGAGAUGUGCAAGGCAAUUGAUGAUCCAAAGACUGGAAACGACACGUUCGAAAAGCUAUAUGGUGCUGCUAACAUGUAUUACAACUACAGUGGGAAAGCCACUUGUUUUGAUCUAAACGAUAAUUCGGAUCCUCAUGGCCUAGGUGGAUGGACUUGGCAGGCAUGUACAGAGAUGGUAAUGCCUACAGAUGGGAACAACAAGGAGAGCAUAUUUCAACCCUCUGAAUGGGAUUACAAUGAAAGAGUCCGAUUUUGCCAAUUAAUUUUGGAUGUUAAGCCCAGAUCAGAUUGGAUUACUACAGAAUUUGGUGGCUAUAAUAUUGAAAGCGUUCUAAAAAGGUUUGGGAGCAACAUCAUCUUCUUCAAUGGGCUAAGAGAUCCAUGGAGUGGUGGAGGGGUCCUUAAGGAUAUAUCUAAGAGCAUAGUUGCUAUUAUCGCAAAAGAAGGUUAUAGCUGAUCUCAUUCUUUAUUUCCUCCUUUUCUAAUUCUAUUAAAAUACCGGAUAUUUUAAUUUUUUCGUUU